CAACACCUUCUCUUCUCGCACCUUCUCCUUCUCUCUUCCCCCUCUUUCAUCCCACAUCAGUGGGGCCCCGCACUUUUGGCCCUUUUCCUGCCUUCCUUUUCCCUCUUUAUGCCCUUUCUACCCUUUCUUCCUUCUGAAAAACUCUCCCCCUAUCCUUCUCAUUUAUAUCCCCCUCCCCACCUCGGGACGAACCUUCUAGAAGCCCCCAUCACCCAACACUUCCUCGGUUUCUCCCUCCCUCUCCCUCCCUCUCUCUCUCUCUCUCUCUGUGUACCGCGGCGGUUGUCUGCUCCGGCCUCCGUCGUGGCUGCCGCUCGGCACGUAGCUCCGGCGUCGUGCGGUGAGGGAAUCCCGACCAACGAACGUGAAGACCUCUUUCUCUCCCGCGACCUACCUUCCAGCCUUCUAGGGGUUUUCUCGGAUCUGGAACCGGAGGGGAUGCCCCCGCCGGUGGAGCAGGCCGGCGAGUCUCCGGCCGGUGAGUCGCAGAGGUCGUUGCCGACGCCGUUCCUCACGAAGACCUACCAGCUCGUCGACGAUCCGGCUGUGGACGACCUGAUAUCAUGGAACGAGGACGGGACGACCUUCAUAGUGUGGAGGCCGGCGGAGUUCGCCAGAGAUUUACUCCCGAAGUACUUCAAGCACAACAACUUCUCCAGCUUCGUCCGGCAGCUCAAUACCUACGGAUUCAGAAAGGUAGUGCCGGAUCGAUGGGAAUUCGCUAACGAUUGCUUCAGGAGAGGCGAGAAAGGCCUCCUCCGUGACAUACAGCGCCGGAAAAUCUCGCUGGCAGCCGCGACGGUGACUCUGGCUGCCGUUGGGACUGUGACACCGACGAACUCGGGUGACGAGCAGGUGCUCUCCUCGAACUCUCCGCCGGUGGCCGUCGCUGCUGCUUCCACUUCCGCCGCCACGUUGCACCGGUCCCCGAGCUGUACGACCACGCCGGAGCUCCUGGAGGAGAACGAUAGGCUGAAGAAGGAGAACAUGCAGAUGAGCCAUGAGCUUUCCCAUCUUAGAGGGCUCUGCAACAACAUACUCUCCUUGAUGGCUGGCUACGUCUCCCGGCAGUCCGAUUCCAACACCGCCCCGGAGGGGCAGCAGCCCUUGGAGCUGAUGCCCCGGAGGCAGGCGCCACCACCGGCAGGGGAGGAAGGCUGCGCGUCCGUUGCGGCGGGGGGUGAGGAGGUGAACCCGCGGUUGUUCGGGGUCUCUAUUGGAGUGAAACGGAUGAGGAUGGCGGCAGCGACGGCCGACGAGAACGGAGACGAGAUGCGGGAACGGGAACAGGAUCAGGAUCAGGUGCAGCAGUCUAUGGAUAAGGAGACCGGGUCGCAGGUGAAAUCAGAGCCGCCCGAUGGGAAUGCUGAUCAUCAGGACCGUUCGUGGCUGGAGCUCGGAAAAUGACACCUUUUGCUCCGCCGUAGCUACUUUGAACCUACGGCUGUGGUUGUUCAAUCAGGCACCCUCCCAACCCAACCAGAGAGGACACGUGGCGACGGGACACAUGGCAUUUAUCCCACGAAUAUUUAUCAUUUGGUGUCCGAACAUCUCAUGUGGUUCUCUCUUCCGUUCCGCCCUAUGAACUGAUGCUCAGAUCCAAAGAGGGCGGUUGCGUGGAGGGGCGAGGGUCGGUUCGAGAUGACGACCGCUCUCCGUGCCCUUCGAGUCGGGGCGUGGCCAAAGGAUGUCGACCUGAGCUCGCCAAUCAAAACAUAUAUAAUUUGUUUUAUGGAUUCUUAUGUAGCAGUUACUCUCGACUUUGUUGUACGACCUUAUUGUGCAAUUGAGACCUAAUAGCGUUGAUUUAGGUUUUGUGUAUUUGUCGACUACUCCAAUGUAGCAUCAACUGUGUAUUGAUGUUUAGGUUAAGGACCAUGACAUUCUAGUGCUCAA